UGCAGGUUCAGCUCGCCUGCAGGAAGGCGCCGUUGAACAGAGCAGAGUUUGAGCAGGUCACUGCUGUGUGGAUUAAUAAUAAUAAUAAUAAUGCUGAUGGUUCUGCUGUGUUAGUGUUAUUACCUGAGUAUGAGGCGGCGUUAGAGCUCGGGAGGUGUGAGAUGGACCCUCUGUGGGCGGCGCUGGCCCUGUUUGGAGCGGUCAGUGUGGGAGUUUAUGUCCUGUAUGGAGUUUUCUGCUCUGUGUCUGUGUUAAACUCUGCAGUGCUGGACUUUAACCAGCCUGGAGGUCCAGCCUCUCUGUGUUCACUCAGCAGGUUCAUACUGCGGUCACUGCGCAGCAGAGCAGGACACCUGAACAGUGACCACAGUGACCACAGCGCCAAAGAGAAGCAGCUCCUGAUUACACUCAUUAACUGCAGGUACGAGGUGGUCUCUCUGAGGAGGUACUGCUCCGUGGUGGGAUACGGCUGGGACUAUCCGGACAGCACGUUCAGAGACAUCCCUCUCUUCUACCCACAGUUCCUCUGCUCUCGGCUGAUCAGUAUGGUCACAUGCUCACUGCGGUUCAGGUUGAGUCCCUAUGGGCUGCUGGGUGUGUGUCAGACGGUGCGCCUGCUGAAGCCGCUGGACGAGCUGAAGAGAGGGACGUUCUCCCUGCAGGUGGGGGUGGAAGAGUACAGGAGUGGGGGUGGAGGAGUGGAGGUGGAUCUGUCUCUCAGUCUGAGAACGGCUCAGCAGGAGGAGGAGGGGUGGAGCAGCACCAUCACACUCAUCUCCCCCCACACUGCGUACACACACGCACUGCAGCCGCACACGACUAACGACAGUAAGUGUGAAAGGUGUAUUAGGGUAGCAGUUCCCUGGUGGGCCUCUGUGAUGUGUGGUGGUCCAGGUUUCUCUCUCCCCCUGCCCUCCUCUCUGCUGGGUUACGGCUGUCCAGCCACCCUGUGGGCUGUGUCCAGGUGUCUAGCAGAGACUGAAAAGCUGAAAGGAGCCGAUGCUGUGAGAGCUCCUCUCACGCUGACUGUGCGCUACAGACGACCUCUCCACUUACCGAGAGCCGUCAGCAUCAGGAUCAGAGAGAGUUCAGCCUCCGUCCACAGCAGCUCAGACAGGAGCUACACCUUUACCAUGGAGGACGACAAAGCGCAGACCCUGAUCCUCACUGGAGAGAUGCAGGGACUGUAGCAGCACUGAGAGGAGACCAAUACUGCUGGAACUGCACUGGACCUGAAAAUGACCCGCACGCAAACCACACGCUCGUUUAGGUGAUAAACAAUAAAGUAUAAUAUCUGUUUCUGA